CUUUUCCUUUUUUAUAUUUAUUUCAUUUUUGGACUUACAUUCAUCUUUCACUCACCUUAUACGUUAUGAGAGAAUUAAAGCUGGUAUUGGGCCAUGGCAAUCCACAUUUCACACCCACCUUUUAUUCUUUUGCUCCCUCUCUCUCUCUUCUUUUUCUCCUUUUCUUCCUCUUUACUUCUACACUAAUAUAUCAUUUUCCCCAACCCCCAUUGCUCCGUUGCCACUUCAGGAAACAAAAGGGGUCUCCUUUCGAACUUCUCUGGGUUUAUCUUAUUUUGAAAUAAGUUACUUCACAUCAAGAAUGGGUUCAGGCUAUUGGUUUAAGACAAUAAUUAGCUUAAGAAAAUCAAAACAAGGCAGAUCAAAGAAAGCAAAGGGUAUCUUAGCUCAAGAGAAACUAAAUGCAUCAAAGUCAAACAAUUAUACCGGGAAAGAGUCUAGUGAUUUAGCAAAUGGUAUUAAAAGUGAAAACCUUGUCUCAGCUGGGGUGUCAGUUGAAACUAUUGCUGCAACAAGGAUCCAGACUGCAUUCCGAGCUUAUAAGGCUAGAAAGGCUUUACGGCGCGUGAAAGGAUUUUCAAAACUGAAGAUCUUAACAGAGGGUUUCUCUGUUAAAAAGCAAGCCAGUACAGCUAUAACAUACCUUCACUCAUGGAGCAAGAUUCAAGCCGAGAUCAGAGAUCGUCGAAUAUGUAUGGUAACAGAAGACAGGAUCAGGAGGAAGAAACUAGAGUCUCAACUAAAACUGGAAGCAAAGCUUCAUGAUCUGGAGGUUGAAUGGUCUGGUGGUCCUGCAACCAUGGAGGAAAUCCUUGGAAAGAUACAUCAGAGGGAAGAAGCAGCAGUUAAGCGCGAAAGAGCCAUGGCAUAUGCCUUUUCCCAUCAGUGGAGGGCCAACUCUAGUCAGAGCCAACUGCUAGGUAGUUAUGAACUUAGCAAGGCUAAUUGGGGUUGGAGCUGGAAGGAACGGUGGGUUGCUGCUCGGCCUUGGGAAAGCCGCAUCUCCGGCUUAUCUGUCACCCCAGAGAAAACUCAACAUAAGCAGCCAAGUAAGGUUCAUAAGGAUAAGAACACACCACCAAAAACUCCUGUAUCAGUUAAACCUUCUUUAGCCAUUGCAAAAGGGACUCCUCCUUCUGCCAAUGCAAAAGGCAAUUCAAAAGCUAGGAGAUUGUCUUAUCCACCGACUGCGGAGAAAACUGUGGUUCAAGGAGUGCAAUGAAUGAGCAAUUUGUUCUUGACAUGGUGGCAAAGAUAAAGCACAAUUUUUAAGUAUCAAGCUUUUUUGAUAACUUGAGUGGAACUGAGUCAAAUUGAUUUUAAAUUGGUUACAAUCCAUAAAAGGUAAACCAGAAAGCCAACUUAUUUAUUUAUUGGAUUGCUUCCAAUUGUGCAUACGAGUGUGACAGAAAUUCAAACCACUGCAGAGAAUGUGUCAACAGACCUGUUGUGGGUGUGAUUUGUUGAUUGCUUCUGUUUAAUUUCUUCUUUUCAACCUUGUAUAUUCAACGAAGAGACAGAUUGUAGAUAGAACAAUAUAUCUAUUCUUUUUCCUUUUAUGUUGUUAUAGAAAAUUUCCAAUAUGUGAUCAUGCUGUUUGACUUCCGCUUGGUUUAUGAUUACCAUUUUCAUAUGGCUUAUGCAACUUGCUACUGUUUCUGUUC